UCGUCCAUCCUGGAACUGAGGAAGGUUAUUCUUUGUACUUAACCAGAAAAUGGGGCAAAAAAUUUCUGCUUGUCAGGUUCCCACUUUUUCAACUGUGACUGCCUCGUUAAAAACCUUAACUAGAAAAAACCCUGUGGUAUAAAAAAUCUAGCUUAAGGAAAAAAGAGUGCAGCACAGGUUUUUCUUCAUGAUUCCUGGCGUAGUUUCCUCAUUAAAAAAUUUUGUUGAAAUUAAUUGUUCUGCAGAUUUGUGCUGAUUUGUUCAGGUCCUUUCUUUGAUUUUUCCAUAUCUUCACAGCUGCAUUUCUUGGAUUUUCUACUUCUUGGUAGCCUUUUUUAUGCACGUGGCCCCCAUAGCUCAUCAAGAUGUUGCUCCCUCACCAUGGGCUGAUUGUGUCUGAUCGUCUUGCUGAGUUUGAGGAUAUGGAUGUUGCUACACUGAUUCAUGCUGAUCCAAAAUUGAAGAAAGCUUAUGAUCGAGGUCUUAGUGUUGUUUUUCUAGAUGAUUCUCCUAGGGAGGCAUCUGAAGGUACUGGUAGCUCCUGGGACAUGGGAGAUUCUGCCACCACCGUCUAUAGCAGGGGUAGUUCUGUUGAUGCGGAGGUUUCGCAGGGUGCCUCCCCUUCUCCGCUUGCGUAGCGAGCCUGUUUUUUAUCCUUGAGAACUAAAGAUAUUAUAUUUUUCUAUUUGUUGUAGAUUUGUUGUUUUGUUUGUUUCGGGUUUUCGUCAUGCCUUGCAUUGUGUCUUUUCCUCGAGAUUAUAUAUGGAAAAUAUGUUUUCUUAUAUUCUGAAAUUUGCAUUAACCUCUGUAGCACAUCUUGCAUAGCUUUUGUCAGGGUAUUUAUAUACACCCAAAACUUGCUUGCCGCCUUUUGCUUGUGUAACUUUUGCUUGGGUGUUUAUGUACACCCAUACUUGUUCACAGUUUUCGUUUGCCUGUGUAAUUUUGGCUUGGGUAUUUUAUGUACACCCAAACUUGCUCACAGCUUUUUGUUUGUGUAACUUUUGCUUGGGUAUUUUAUGUACACCUAAACUUGCUCACAGCUUUUUGCUUGUCUGUGUAACUUUUGCUUGGGUAUUUUAUGUGCACCCAAACUUGCUCACAGCUUUUGCUUGUGUAACUUCUGCUUGGGUAUUUAAUGUACAUGCAAACUUGCUCACAGCUUUUAGUUUGCUUAAGCAUAUUUUUGUUCUAUCCGGAUAUUAUGUAUUUGCUAAAUUUUGCAUUUUAUUAAGAUAAAAGCCAUAAUGUUCAUGGAGAAUAAUUUAUAAGAUUACUUGCCUUUGCUUACUGGUAGUAUUUCUUAAGGUCUGCAACAUUCUAGGUCCAUGGGAUUAUAGCUCCAUUGGGACGCAUCAACUUGAAGGCUCCAUUGCCUAAAUCUUCCUUGAUGAGGUAUUGUCUUUCCCAGCUUGAGCGUAGCUUUCCUUCUCAAGAAUUGCUUUCUAAAACCUUUGUUUUUCUUAGUACCCAAUCUCCUUUGCAUAGGUUUUUAGGUUUUACCUUGAGAUUGUAAUAUUUUUCUGCUUUUCCAUGGUAACUUGCCAUUCGUACUUGUGAUAAGUCCCUAACUUCUUCUAGUAAAUCCAGGUUGGCUCU